GUGUCCGGGUCGUUCUCGCCGUUCUCUCCGCAGCCGAUAGCGCCCGCGCUCGCUCCCGCCCCCGGCGCGACACCCGCUUCUGGGAACGGGGCGGCGGCGGCGUCUGCCCGCGGCGAGCGGGGGCCGGCAGCACCCGCUGGGGCUGGGGAGGACCAGCAGGAACGGGGUCUUUUCUCGUUUCCUCACCGCCGGUCUCGGGAGGCGGCGGCGGCCAGGGGAAGCGAGCCCGGGGGGGCCUCGGCUGCGGGCCCCGGCAGCGGGGCGGCCCCGCCCCGAGGCAGGACGAUGCCGGUGAAGAAGAAGAGGAAGUCCUCGGGGGCGGCGGCGGCGGACGACACCGGCCUCAAGAAAUGUAAACUCGGCAGAUCACAAGCGUCUGGUAAAGUAAUAAGUGGAGAGGAACAUUUUUCAAGCAAAAAGUGCCUGGCUUGGUUUUAUGAAUAUGCAGGUCCCGAUGAAGUUGUAGGCCCUGAAGGAAUGGAAAAAUUCUGUGAAGACAUCGGUGUUGAACCUGAAAAUAUUAUUAUGUUAGUUUUAGCCUGGAAACUAGAGGCUGAAAGCAUGGGAUUUUUCACAAAGGAAGAAUGGUUGAAAGGAAUGACCUCAUUACAGUGUGACUGCACAGAAAAAUUACAGAGUAAAUUUGACUUCUUACGGUCACAGUUGAAUGACAUUUCAUCCUUUAAGAAUAUCUACAGAUACGCCUUUGAUUUUGCAAGGGAAAAAGACCAGCGAAGUCUUGAUAUUGAUACUGCAAAGUCCAUGUUAGCUCUUCUGCUCGGAAGAACUUGGCCACUGUUUUCAGUAUUUUAUCAAUAUCUGGAGCAAUCGAAGUAUAGAGUUAUGAACAAGGAUCAGUGGUACAAUGUACUAGAGUUCAGCAGGACUGUCCAUGCAGAUCUUAGCAACUAUGAUGAAGAUGGUGCAUGGCCCGUACUUCUGGAUGAAUUUGUUGAAUGGCAGAAAGUUCGUCAAGCGUCAUAGCAAGAAUUUAAAGGAAAAUGCAAAAUUUUUUUUUGGUGCCCGCCUGUACACAAAGUAAUGAGAAAAACAAAGGAUUGCAUUUUCAUUCAUGAGAAAGACUUUACAGUAAUUUUUUUUUUCCUUUUUUAAGGAGACUUUCUUGUUACAUGUGAUAUGGGCAUUGAACCACACCUCUUCUGAGACUGAAAGUUGGAGUUCUUGUUUUGAGUCUUAUGUUUAUAGCAUUUAUUUCAGAACAAUAAAGAUUCAGAUUUGUGACAAAGGCCUAAAAGUGAA